AUGAAAUCGAACAACGAGGUGUGUAUCUUUUGGGUGAUUAUUGGUGUACUGGGAACCCUCCUACCCAUUGGAUUCGGAAACAGCCAGUACGUAGAUCCAAUCUAUUACCGGCCCCCAUGCCCAGAAGAGAAUUAUGAUUUGGACAAUGAAACUGGUAACUUCCGAUGCGCUGUUCCUACGGCGGCGGAAUGCUUUGAACUCUGUCAGGAACUUGGGUGCAAUGAGUGGUCUUUCCUCAGCUUCGUCUCGUCCACAAGCACUGAAAAGCUCGAACAUCGCCGAUGCAGAUGCGUGCCAGAAUUCAACUACUGCAUGUACACCUUUAUUCCCUCCAAGCUCCGCCUCUACACCUAG